AUGGACAAGCCAGACAGUGAUAUUGGUGCAGAGUAUGAGACGAAGUCUGAACUUCGCCAGAUACGUCCUAAUGGCAGACCUACGGAGGUGGAGACUGAUCAUGUCACCGCUCGACGAGUUCGCACAAAAAUCGACCUUAUUGUUCUAUCAACGAUCAGUCUAAUAUGGAAUGCCGCGAAGGCAGGGCUUCUAAAAGAUCUCAAAAUGACAUCGUAUCAGUUCUCCGUCGUUUUGAGUAUCUUCUUUGUGCCCUACAUGACUGUGGAAAUGGUUUCCAAUUUUCUUGUUCGAAAGAUCGGAGCCCAUAUAUUUGUAACAGGUCUAAUACUCGCCUGGGGCAUCGUGGAAACAUUCCAGGGCUUCGUUACUUCCUACGAGGGUUUAAUUGUUUGCCGAGUCUUUCUGGGGUUGACUGAAGGACCACUGAUCCCUGCUGCUGUCUUGUAUUUAUCGGAGUGGUACAAACGCCAUGAGUUGCAACAGCGAAUGGCUGUAUUGUUCAGCGCAACAAGCCUCGCGGGCGCAUUCUCUGGGUUGUUGGCGUUCGCUAUCAUUCACCUUGACGGAAAGGGAGGCAAGCCCGGAUGGAGGCACUUGGAUUUUCUUCCUGGAAGGUAUUGUCACCAUCAUCAUCGGAGCUGCCGCCUUCUUUGGCUCCCGAAAGACAUCGCAUCAGCCAGGUUUCUGACCGAGAAAGAAAAGGCCGUAGCUUUAGCUAGACUUGAAGAAGACAUGACGCUCAACGAGGCAGGGGAAGAAUUCCGAUUCUCAAGUGUGUGGUCGGCUCUCAGAGCCCCUCACGUUCUGAUUUUGAGCACUAGCUGCUUUUAUGUCGGCUACCUCAUCUUCGGACUGGCUUAUUUCCUCCCUACUGUGGUGGGAAGUCUAGGUUAUUCUCCCGCUAAGACCCAACUUUAUGGAGUGCCUCCCUUCGCUUGCGGAUUUGUUGUGAGUUUAGCAGCCGCGCUCUUCAGCGACAAAUAUCAUUGUCGAGGUCUUGUUGCCAUUGGUGCCAGCUUUCUCGCUCUUGGCGGCUUCAUUAUGAUGUACAAAAGUAUAAAUGUUCAUGUUAGGUACGGGUCACUAUUCGCUCAAACGAUUGGCGUUUCGGUCCUCACGCCUUGCACGGUUACGUGGGUCCCAAAUAAUGUCAUGCCUCAUUAUCGUCGCGCUACAGCUAUCGCAUUAGUAUUCAUAGCUGGUAGUGCCGGGGGAUUACUUGCAACUUGGAUGUAUCACGAUGCACCUCAUUUCUACAAGACUACGAGGGUCAACAUCGGUCUCACAGUAGCAUAUAUCCUCCAAUGUGCUGUGGGAAUUGCUUAUUUGCAUUAUCAGAAUUUACAGAAGGCCAAGGAGCGCGCAAUGCAUCAGAACAUUCCUGAUGAGGAUUCCGAGGCGAAGAGGGCACUGGGCGACAAACACAGAGACUUCAUAUACACGCUCUAA